GCCGCCGCGCGCCCGCGAGGACGAGCCUGCGGCCCCGGCGGCCCGCGGCCCCGACCCGGAAGGCGGCGCCGGCGCCCCGGGACCCCGCGCGCUUGGGGCCCGGGCGGCGGGGAGGCGGCCUGGAGCCCGCGGCGCCCUCGGCCUGGGGAGCGGCCAGCGAGCGCGCAUCUUAAGACCUCCGGGGCUCAGGAUGGGGAACCACGCAGGGAAGCGAGACGUCGGUGCCGAGAAGGCACACAAGGAUGGUGGAACUAACAGAGGAGAAUCUGAAAAAAAGGGAAACCUUCGUGACCUUCACCAGGAGACCUCGGAAGACAAUGAUGUGUUUGAAGCACAGACUCUGUAGACACCUGGAGGCCAAGCUCCCUGCAUUGGCCUCUUGGGAACAUCCAUCCGUUCUCCCCGAUGGGACCACCCUGGCCACCCAUGGAGCGGCAGAUGUGGACCAGAACAAUGGGAGCCCCUUGCAGGACACAGCGGUGACAGACUCCAAGCGCACAGCGGACCCAAAGAAUGCCUGGCCGGAUGCCAACCCAGCUGACCCGGGGGGCCGCCCCCACUUGAUCCGCCUCUUUUCCCGAGAUGCCCCGGGGAGGGAGGACAACACCUUCAAAGACCGGCCCUCAGAGUCGGACGAGCUCCAGACCAUCCAAGAAGACGGCGCGGCUGCUCCUGAGGGCCCGGGUGUGAUGGCGGCACAGAAGAGGCCCUCCCAGAGGUCAAAGUACCUGGCCUCGGCAAGCACCAUGGACCACGCCCGGCACGCCUUCCUCCCCAGGCACAGGGAUACGGGCAUCCUCGACUCCCUCGGCCGCUUCUUUGGCGCGGACAGGGGCGCGCCCAAGCGGGGCUCGGGCAAGGAUGGACACCAUGCGGCCAGAACCACCCACUACGGCUCCCUGCCCCAGAAGGCCCAGCACGGGCGGCCCCAAGAUGAAAACCCCGUAGUGCACUUCUUCAAGAACAUCGUGACCCCUCGCACACCUCCUCCAUCGCAAGGAAAGGGGCGAGGACUGUCCCUCAGCAGAUUUAGCUGGCAAAAUCCUCCUCUGUAUUCCGUGAGCUGGUUUGUCGGUUUCCCAGAGCCACAGGACUGUCCUCCCGUUUGGAGUUCCUGAAUGUCCCACUGCUUUUCUAAACUACAUUGUAUGUUUUCUGGUAAAUUCUAGGUUGUCCAAAGAUAUAAGUGACCAAGAAUUUGAAAGGAGAAAAAUUAAGCAGAUUAUUAAUCUGAAAACCAAUCCUUGAAUUUACUUCUCAGAAGCUCUUUAUUUUUGGAGAAAAACAACAGAGUAAGAGAACGAUUUAGCUUUGUGUGGGAAAGCGUGGAUGUCUACAACGCUGUGUCUGUCCUUCGGCUCAGUCCUCUUUAACCGUCCCCCCCAAACCCCCAGACCGUGAUGGAGGGAAUGUGUCCACGGAAACCUCUGGGAUUCAGGGGCAGCGCUGGGCUCCUCUCGUAUGUGGUCUUGGAUCUUCACUGCCCUGUCCCUUGAAACCAAAUCUUCAUAUGGCAGUAGCUGCCUUGGUUCUGAGUGGCCAGUGUCUGUUCCCAAGCCUGGGAUGAAGAGAAGGAAACCGUAGAAGUAGCUCGGGGGGUGGGGGGGCGCCUGGACAGAUAGCUCCGGUCCAGCUUCAGUCCAAACACGAGAGAGGUGGACUGGAAGGGUGUAGAACCCCCUAGAGCACACCUCCAGCACCUCUAAACCAGAGGGAUGGGUCCCACGGUUUCCCAAGCUCCCUCCAGCCCUAAGACCCGCCUCGUGAAACUAUGAAAGGACUGUAGGCUCAGGCAGAGGGUCCUGGGGUCUUGAUCUGGAGACGGUUUUAUUUUGUUUACAGAAUUCUCCGGAGAGGCCCAGACAGAGAACCUCCCACUUCUUGUUGGCAAAACACACCGUGAGACCUCAGAGCCUGUCCGCUGCAUAAGAUCCUUGAGGCAGACGGGCUGUGCGGUCCGCCCCGCCCUCCAAGGGACACUGUAGCCCAGGCUGGACGCCGUAACCCCCAAAUGCCAACAUUCAUCUUGUCUGCGCACCGGAGUUUCCCCCCUUCCUUUCUCGUGCUCACAGUGCAAGUUUCCCUUUGAAGCUAAAGUGCAUUAGAUGCAAACUGGUCCUAGAGACACACAUAUCCUUACAUUUCAGAAAUCGUUUACCAUUGCUACAUGCCACAAAGGCAGCUUUCCCCGUCUGCCCUGAAGUGAGCGGGGAGGCUCCUGGGGCAGCUGGAGGCCGGGGUGGGGGCUGCCGGGAGGGGCCCUCCCAUAGCAACAGCAGGAGCUACAGGCUCCGUUCCCAGAGCAACGUGUCCAGUGUCCCCGUUUUAUAGAAGAGGAAACUGAAGCUCCGAGAGGGUCCAACACUUGCCCAAGGUCACACAGCCAGGGUGUGGGGUUGCUGAGACCCGUCCAGGCUGCCGGCGCUGGGGCCGAGAGCCGGUGCACAGCCUGGGGGGCGUGGCUUCCCAGCCGGGACCUGCCCCCGCCCCCCACGGGGAGCGGCCCCCUGCCCGGAGCCCCGGGUGCCGCCCCGCUCCCCGUUCCCCGCGCGUGCCCGGGGCACCCACGCCGCGGCCAGGGGCGCUGGCCCGGGUCCCCCAGAGGCUCCCCCAGGCCGGAGAACUGGGCAUGUUGCCUCCGCAAGUUAGCAAGGUAGGCGCCCCAAAGGUCACGGAGCCGUAGGUGGUUGACGGCUCCCGGGAGCAGAGGUGAGGGGCCUGCCCACGCCAGAGGCCCCGGCACCGGGCAGCGCACCCGCUCCGCUGCCCCGGGCCCCCGGCCUCCAGACACGGCGGGCAGAGGCGCUGCAGCUCGCUGGGCGUGGUGUGGGCUCAUCUGCUCUCGGAAGCCACGCGGCGUGGAGAAGGGAGGCCGCCGGCGGAGGGGAGGCUCCGCCGCCCAGGCCGGGCCGGAUGCACGUGGCCCCGGGGGCAGGGCCGCGGGCGCAGCGCCCGACUGAGCGCGGCCGUCCUGUCUUGCAGGGAGCCGAGGGCCAGAAGCCGGGGUUCGGCUACGGAGGCAGAGCUUCCGACUACAAGGCGGCCCACAAGGGCCUCAAGGGGCACGAUGCCCAGGGCACG